AUGAAGGUAUGUGUGUUUACUGAAGAUGGUCACAAGCUGAAGGCAUCAUUCCGUGUUACUACGGGAACUCUUAACACCACCGCUAUAAAGUCUAUAGAGUUUGCAAGGAGGGGAGAUUGUUUCCUGGUAAACUCAGCAGACCGGAUUAUUCGCGUGUAUGAAAGCGGGGAAGUUCUGGCGUGUGCGAAGGAUGGGGAACCAGAACCCAUACAGAAGCUACAGGACCUCGUCAACAAAACAAUGUGGAAGAAGUGUUGUUUCUCCGGUGAUGGAGAGUUUAUCGUGGCAGGCUCUGCCAAGCAGCACACACUCCAUAUCUGGGAGAAAGCAGUUGGCAACCUCGUGAAAAUCCUCCACGGAACUAAGGGAGAACUUCUACUUGAUGUUGCUUGGCAUCCAGUGCGACCAAUCAUCGUGUCCAUCUCGAGUGGUGUGGUGUCUGUCUGGGCGCAGAAUCAAGUGGAAAACUGGAGUGCGUUUGCCCCGGACUUCAAAGAACUGGAUGAGAAUGUGGAAUACGAUGAGCGAGAGUCCGAGUUUGACAUCGCCGAGGAGGGAAUGGAGAAAAAGGAUCUUAAGGAGGACGAGGAGGAUGUGGAUGUGGAUGUGACCACUGUGGAGCCCAUCCAGGCUUUUGUCAGCAGUGAUGAGGAGGAUGACGAUGGAGACGCCCUUCUUUACCUGCCUGUUGCCCCAGAGAUAGAGGAACCAGAGGAAGGCUGGUCGCUCCAACCUGACCCCCAGGAGGAGAGCCAGAGUAAAAGAAAAGGGUCACAACCCACCCCUGAUUCUGCCAAAAAGGCCAGAGUUAGGGCCCUUGAUGUUGAUCUGGAGAAUGCCCCAACUGAUGAGAUCCACCCAUUGUUAAAUAUUAAAAAACCCAAUGAGAAAGUUCCCCGCAAACCAAGCACAAAGACAAAGGUGAAACCCGGCAAGUCAGAUCGCUCCAAACAUAAAGAUUGAAGAAGCGAAUGCUUAAUGGAAGAUGCAGAAAUCUUACACAAUGAUGCGGACUGCGUUUGUUCACGAUCACUAAGUUUGUUCACAAACAAAUGUAUGAGCUGUAGUGUACAAAUGAACUGCUGUAUAACUUGGCAGGACUGG